UUGAAUGAUUAUAGAUAUGAAGACUAGUAGGUUGUUAAAAUUAUUACGCCAGCAGAGCGUAGUAAGGAGAGCAAGUCAGAUGCAAGUCAGAAGUUUAGAUGAGUACUACUGAUUGUUGUGCAUUCAUACCGUCUUCAGUCUUUGAAUGAAAAAAGUUUAUGAAAAGCGACAAUAUGCUUUGCAAGGUUAUGUUGGUUACUCUCGUCGUUAUGAUAGCUGUUUUCCAUCAAGGUUUUUGUCUGAGCUGUUUUGAUUGUGUUUCAAAUGAUUCAUGGGAAGAAUGCGAUAGAAUAGGAACGAUCACAAACUGCACGAAAAAAUUUCAGGGGAGAAACGUAAACGCUUCUUGCAUAAAGGCCAUAAGGUAUAAAAAGUUCAAGAACCGAGAAGAAUGGAUGUUCAUGAAAAGAUGCUUUGAAACAGUAAAGUGUAACAAAGUAUUCUGUUAUCGUAGCGUAGAUUCAAAAGAAGAAUUGGAGAAUAUCCAGCAAAUUGGGUGCGAUGUUGACUGUUGUAAGGAUAAGGAUUUCUGUAAUGGUGGAAAUAAAGAAGGCUUGUCGCUUUACAUGAUUAUCUUACUACCCUUCACUACCAUGAUAAUUAAUGGAGCGGAUUUUAACUCUGCUUCCAUUACUUUAGCUUUUCUCUCAAGUUUAACACAAAAGUUAUUUAUAAGAAAAGGACCUUGAACAAUAGUGUUAGUCACACGUGACCUCGAGCCUAAUGUCACGUGACUGUGAUGUACAAUGUAUAUAUUGUGUGAAUAACAUUCAGGCUAGAGGAGUUUUUUAUGGCAGCCAAAUCACGUGACCAUUUUUAGAAGUGAUCUAUGCACAAUGCAUUGUGGGAUUUACAUUUAGAAUCGAGAAACGUUUAUGGCAGCCAUGUUGGCAGUUCAACAUGACUGCCAACAGCUGCCAUAAAUCCCAUUAUAACUUGAGCUGUUGAA